AUGGCCGCCCCUAAAAUUGGCAUUCCUUUCCGCAGCUUCGGGGACGAUCGCCGCAACAUGUUCGACGUUCGAUUCACGUCUCGAUACACUUUGAUGAGGGCGUUGAGUUUCUGCUUGGAUUCCCUCGAGGCUGAUCCCCGCAAAAAGAUCUACAAAAUCUCCAAAUCGAAAUCGAUAAAAAUUAUCGAGGGUGGGAAGAAAGCUGGCUCGCCACAAGGGCUGGGGUCCCAUUCAGGAGGCGAGGCGCUCGACAUGGGUUCCCUGCCGUCUCGGCCUGCGUGCGACGAAUCCAAAGUUCAGAGCGCCCUUGAUUUUGCCGACUACGUGCUGUACUUUCCCCUGUACCUGUGCGGGCCGCUGAUGACGUACAAGGAAUUCCGCCUCCAGGCCGCGGAGCCGCGUCCAAUCCCCCCCAAACGGAUGUGCCUCGAACUCAUGAAGCUGCUCGCCCGCAUUGCGCUGGUUGAGUGCGCGCUGCGUACGUUCUACCGACCCUCCGCCAUCCUAAUUGGCCCCAGCCGGCCGCCCAUGAAUCUUUUGGAAUCGUGGGUAUUCGCGCACGCCCUCACAUGGAUGGCCUUCCUGGAGUCCGCCCUGCCGUGGAGCCUGUCCCGCAUAUGCGCCAUGGCGCAAGGGCUGCAACCCGUCGACGACGCCCCGGAAUUUGUAACGGCGGUAACCGUCUCCUGCCGGCGCUUCAUGCGCAGCUUCCACGUGUCUUGGUCUCAGUGGCUGCGCCAAUACGUCUAUGUGCCAUUGGGAGGAGGGGGAGUGGGACUUGCGGGCUCCCUCGCCGCGUCCCUUGCCCUCCACGGCGUCCAACG